CCCAGGGGGAAGCUGCAUACGGGACCCACGCCAGAUGUUUUGCCCAUGAACAGGGCACUGCUGGACAUCCUGGAAUGUAUUGAACAGAAAAUUGGACAGCAGGAUGCCAGAGUUAGCAGAGACAGCCAAGCAAAAUCUUUCCUAGACUCUGAACCGAAAGACAACCAAGAGAAAUCUUUCCCAGACUCUGAACCAAAAGAUCCUCCAUCAGACUUAGGAGCAAAUAAUAUUCCAUCAAGUUCUGAACCAAAAGAUAAUCCAUCAGACAUGGAAGAAAAUAAUUCUUCACCAGAGUCUGAAUCAAGUAAAGGUAGUAAGAUUUUGAAGUGCCUUGGAUAUGGAGCAGCUGCUACUGUUGGUGCUGCAGGAGCAGUUGCUGCUGCACCUGUUGUUUUGACAGCUGCAGGAUUCACAUCAGCUGGUAUUGCUGCUGGAUCCCUAGCUGCAAGCAUGAUGUCUCUUUAUGGUGGAGCAGUUACUGCUGGUAGUUGGGUGGCAGUAUUACAGUCAGCUGGUGCUGCAGGUGUUAGUGCAGCUACAGCAGCAGGUUUAGCUGGUGCUGGAGCUGCUGCAGGUGUUGGAACUGUCAAGGGGGUCAGAGUAUUUACAAGUAAAAAUGCUGAAAAGAAGGAUGAAGGCAAUGGUAAAAAAGAAUAACAUGUAAAGAUGAUAAAAAUGAAGAAUGAACAAUGAAAAGAAGAAUGAAGAAACUAAUGGUAAAAAACUUUAGCCAAUGGAGGUGAUAAAAUGAAAAUGAUGAAGAAACUGAAGCUUGUAAAAAUGACAAAAAAAUGAACUUAGAGAAAUUGGUAUGUUGGAUGGUGAAAAUGAUAACAAAGUCAACUGUAAUUCAGAUUGAAGAGUGGGGAGACAAUAAGUGCAGACCUGUACAGUACUGCUAUAUAUAUUUUAUUGUACUGUACAAAUUAUAAUAAACGCUGAAGGAGAUGGACGACAAUGACAGCA